CAUAACGCCUCUGAUGAGAGCGCUAGCACUUCAAUGUGCUCUCAUAAAUCCCCCAUUCAAGAUCCCUAUGGACCCUCCACUUCCCCUCUCCGGCUCGCUGAUAUCUAGAUCCCUAUAUAUAUUCUUCUCACUCUUACCACAGAUCGUAAAAUUCAGAGUCUUAUCAUGGCGAAAAACACUGCAAAUCUUUCCGGCGAAGCUUCUUCUCCUCUCCUCUUUCGACAUGUUUCACCAGGACCCGGUGAUUCGACCUUGCAGUUUAGGCUUCUUCAUUUCUGGGAAGCUCGCAAGAAUGUCAAAGGAGGACCCGACAUCCUUCUUGGGAUCGAGAUGCUUAUGAUUGAUUCGGAGGGUACUGUGGCUCAGGGGUUCAUCGGUCUGAACCGUCGCAACCAAUACGAGAAAGAGCUCAAGCGUGGGAUGAUCUACACACUGACCAACUACUAUGCAUCGAACACCAAGGUGAUGUACCAUGUUGCUGACCAGAGGCUGGUAAUUUGCAUCUCACACGCCUCUGAGCUGAGGAAGGUGGAAGAAGACAUUGAAGCCAUUUUGACAGAGCGCUUCAGAAUCCAUUCCUUUGCAGAUUUUGAAGCCAACUGUGAUCUCAGAGGAGAUCUUCACGAUGUUGUCGGCCACCUUAAGCUGGUUGAUGGGCAUCCUCUCCAUCAGUGUCCGGUUUUGUGCACCAAGGAUGACUUAGCUUCUCGGAAAGUGAUGAUUCAUUUGCAACUUAAAGAUGGUCCAGUGAUUAACGUAUACCUAUGGGACGAGGCUGCAGAGAAUUUCCGCGUGAAGUUUGACGCCUGUGCAGACACUCCAACGGUUAUAUUGGUUACAACGGUCAAUCCUAAGAGACUCGGUGGUAAUAUCUCACACUCCAUAUAA